AUGCCAUCGCCUUCCCCUUCAAAGGGUAAAAGGCAGUAUUAUUCUGCCAAGACCAAGUUGUCGGUGGUCAUGGAGCACCAAAAAGGCACAUGCAGGGCCUAUGCAACUGCCAAACGUCAUGGUAUCCAGCGAUGGAUCCAACAUUUACCCCAACUCAAGCAAGCGGUUUCCAAGCGUCCAAGCAAACUCACCGUGAGCGAAUGCCCUAAGGUUGCUGCGCCCGAACUGGAAGCUGCAGUGCUGGAGUACUGUGGAACGUUGCGAGACAGCGACAUUGCUGUCAGCACGAACAUGCUCAUUGUGAAGGCGUUGAGCAUUGACCCAACGUUCUGCGGUGGUAUCCACAAGCGCUUGUUUCACUGGUUAUACAAGUUCAUGGAGCGCCACACUCUGUACAUUCGGUGCCCAACACGUCAAGGCCAAAAGAAGUCGAACCAUGUCACUCAGGUAAUGAAUGAUUUUGUUGGAAACUUAAGUCGUCGUUUCCUGCCCUUUGGGAUAUUGGAAAAUGUUCCAAUGGACCGAGUUGUCAACAUGGAAGAGACCCCAGUGCACUUUAAGCCAAAGGUGCACACGACCAUCUCGAAGAAAGGUGCAACGACGGUUUCCGCGCGCGUCGGCUCCACACACAACCCUUGUGUGUCCCUGUGUCUGGCGGUCACGGCCACCGGAAAGUAG